CUGAGCGCAGCGAUGGGGCUGGAGACCGAGAAGGCGGACGUGCAGCUCUUCAUGGAUGACGACGCCUACAGCCGCCACAGCGGGGUCGACUACGCGGACCCCGAGAAGUUCACGGGCUCAGGCCCCGAUGACCGGGAUCCCCACCGGCUCAACUCACAUCUCCAGCUGGGCUUCGAGGACGUGGUGGCUGAGCCAGAGUCCACGCACUCCUUCGACCAAGUGUGGAUCUGCAGCAACGCCCUCUUUGAGAUCAGCAAGUACGUGAUCUACAAAUUCCUGACUGUGUUCCUGGCCAUCCCCAUGGCCUUCACUGCAGGAAUUCUCUUCGCCAUCCUCAGCUGUCUGCACAUCUGGAUUAUAAUGCCUUUUGUAAAGACCUGCCUGAUGGUCCUGCCUUCAGUGCAGACGAUAUGGAAGAGCGUGACAGAUGCUCUCGUUGCGCCAUUAUGUGCGAGCGUGGGACGUUGCUUCGCCUCCGUCAGCCUGCAGCUGAGCCACGACUGA